CGCAUGCGCCGGGAUAGGUUGUCGGGGCGAAACGGUGCUUUUGGUCUGAUCGCGGAGCUCGCUUUGCGGCCGUGGGUCAGCGCCUCGCUCUCCAGCCCGUCGAGCGCCACGAUGCCUUUGCAACUUGAGCUGUGCCCGGGCCGGCUGGUCGGCGGAGACCACCCGUGCUUUAUCAUCGCCGAGAUUGGGCAGAAUCACCAGGGGGAUCUCGAGAUCGCCAAGCAGAUGAUCCGGGUGGCUAAGGAAUGCGGAGCGGACUGUGCUAAGUUCCAGAAAAGCGAAUUGGAGCACAAAUUCAACCGGAGAGCUUUGGAGAGGCCAUACACCUCCAAACACUCUUGGGGGAGAACCUAUGGGGAGCACAAGCGCCACCUGGAGUUCAGUCACGAUCAGUACCGAGAACUGCAACGCUACGCCAAGGAGAUUGGCAUUUUCUUCACAGCAUCCGGCAUGGAUGAAAUGGCUGUAGAAUUUCUGCACGAGCUGGCUGUUCCAUUUUUUAAAGUCGGAUCCGGGGAUACAAAUAAUUUCCCAUACUUGGAGAAGACAGCCCGAAAAGGUCGCCCAAUGGUGAUUUCCAGUGGGAUGCAGUCAAUGAGCAUAAUGCAGCAGGUUUACAAGCUGGUGAAGCCCAUCAACCCGAAUUUCUGUUUCCUUCAGUGCACCAGUGCCUACCCCCUUCACCCUGAAGACGUCAAUCUUCGUGUCAUAACGGAAUACCGCUCAGCCUUCCCAGAUAUUCCUAUUGGUUAUUCAGGUCAUGAGACCGGGAUAGCCAUUUCUAUUGCUGCAGUGGCGAUGGGGGCCAAAAUAUUGGAGCGCCACAUCACUUUGGACAAGACCUGGAAAGGCAACGACCAUCAAGCAUCUCUGGAGCCCAAAGAGUUAGCAGAAUUGGUGAGAAGCAUUCGGAUAGUAGAGAAAGCCAUGGGAUCACCGAUCAAACAACUCUUGCCUUGUGAAGAAGCUUGUAAUGAAAAGUUGGGGAAAUCCGUAGUUGCCAAGGUCAGGAUCCCCGAAGGCACCAUGCUCACGUUGGACAUGCUCACCAUAAAGGUGGGGGAACCCAAAGGAUAUCCACCAGAAGAUAUUUUCGAAUUGGUCGGCAAGAAGGCCAAGGUCAAUAUUGAUGAAGAUGAGACCAUUGUUGCAGAUGCAAUUGAAAAUCAUGUGAAAAAAAUGAAAUGCUGAGUGGUAUUAUAUAUUUAUCAAGGAUUGUCUUGGAAAGCGUGAUUGGCCAAAAUAUUAAAAGUCCUAAUAUUUAAAAUUACAUUGAAGUUAUACGGGAAAGUGAACCAUGGUGGGAUUUUUCUUUCAGAUAGAAUUUCAUUUCUGAAGAACAGACUUUCAUUGAAAUAGAGUAAUUACAUUUGUCUUCAGAAAGUAUGGCUGAGGGCCUCACAGUCAGGAAUGACAUCAUGUCCUUCAAGUUGAGUUAUUGCCCAAAAAGUAUUGCACAGCUAUGGAAAUACUUUCAUAGGAUUAAACAAUACUAGUCCUCAUGUUAAGAUUAGACUCUUCUAGCGUGAAAAAUUCAGGACAAGAACUGCAGUGCUAGUUGGGAAUACCACAGAGAAUAUGCUUUUGCGUAAAUUCUAUGCUCAUGCAAUUUGAUUUUGUCAGUCUUCCUUUCCUGUCUUAAUCAUUGAGGUUUGGCUAUAGAGGAAGUAUAAAAUGUAUGCAAAAUAUAUUUCAGAUUUUUAAACCUCCCUUACAUGCUUCUAGGGUACUAAGUACCGGUAUCUAAUCAGCUUGUACAAACAAACCUGUUUAUUAGACACUUAAGGAAAACUCUGCCCUGAAAUUGAGUUUAUGAUCAAUGACUGCUUCUCUGAAAGAAAAAAUUAAGUUGGCUAUGAUAAACAAUUCCUAUUGGGAAGCAAUAGUCAACAUGUUUUAACAUGACCCUACCAUAAUUCUGUUUGAUGCUAUUGUUUUUGGUUGUAUCAUGUGCCUUGUAAUGAAUCAAAAUCACUCAAGAUGUUUUUAAUGAAGUUAGCAUUAUUCUAUUUAUGGUAUACUAAUAAUUCACAUUUCACAUCUUAAAAUACUUUAAAUGAAGAAUGUGCUGGCUUAUGUUUGAAAAGUGUCCAAGAGAUUUCAUUCUUGUGAGAUUGGUUUACUUAAAAAGCUCAAGCGGAAAUUUCAGGCAAGUGUUCGUCCACCUACCCUGUUUCUGGACCAUUCUGGUACAUGCUAAUGAAUGUUACAUUUAUAUAAACUUCAUACAGGCUGCAGCUUGUGAAAGUGGUACAUGCCUCUCAUAAAAAGUAUUCCACUAUGUGGAUGCCACGGAAGCUCAGAAACAAGGAAAGGAAGUGGGUGCAGGUUUGAUUCCUCAACAAUUUGAUGCAAUAUCUGCAUAGAUUUUUUUUGUUUUGGGUGAUUCAUGAUGGUGUCAAUUCUAUUCAUCUUGCUCUAAGGAAAUGAU